AGGGACAAGAUAGAGGUAGAAAAGAAUGGGAUGAAGAUGUGUGAGCCCUGUGGAGGGUUGUGUCCAAAAGCCUGUGAAGGGACAGGCUCAGGUAGCCGAUUUCAGACUGUGGAUUCUAGCAACAUCGGUAAGUUUGUGAACUGUACCAAGAUCUUGGGAAAUCUGGACUUCCUUAUCACUGGCCCCAAAGGAGACCCCUGGCACAACAUACCUGCCCUGGAUCCUGAGAAACUCAACGUCUUCCAGACAGUUCGGGAGAUUACAGGUUACCUGAACAUCCAGUCUUGGCCUCCCCACAUGCACAACUUUAGUGUCUUCUCCAACCUGACAACCAUAGGUGGCCGAAGUCUCUACAAUCGAGGUUUCUCACUGCUGAUCAUGAAAAACGUGAACGUGACAUCGUUGGGCCUUCGGUCCCUGAAAGAAGUCAGUGCUGGGCGUAUUUAUAUCAGUGCCAACAAGCAGCUCUGCUACCACCACUCUCUGAACUGGACCAGGCUGCUUCGGGGACCAAAGGAAGGGAGGUUGGAUAUCAAGCACAAUCGCCCCAAAAAGGAAUGUGUGGCAGAGGGUCGAGUGUGUGACCCACUGUGCUCAUCUGGGGGUUGCUGGGGUCCUGGUCCUGGCCAGUGCUUAUCCUGUCGAAACUACAGUCGAGGGGGUAGCUGUGUGACCCAAUGCAACUUCCUUAAUGGGUACUGUGGGAAGCUACAACUUAUGUACAGAAGCUGCAUUCUCAGGUCAAGCCUUGUUCCCUUUAUCCUACAGUAAGGACCCAUGUGGCUGUGGGCCUAGCUGUGGUAGCAGGGUUGAUAGUGAUCACUUUAUUCUUGCUACUUACCUUGCUCUACUUGCGAGGGUGGAAGAUCCAGAAUAAGAGAGCAAUGAGGCGCUACUUGGAGAGGGGUGACGUGAAUGCUUCUUCUUGAACUUAAGGGACCCCAACAGUUCCCACUGGAGAGCCCCUCCCCACAUGCUGUUGAGCCACUCUCAGUCAGUUCUUAAUCCUCUCUCUUCAAGCAAACAGUGUGGUACAGUGGUAAGAAAACUUGAACUGGGUCAUAGUACUGGUUGUGUGACCUUGAGCAAAGCCUCAGUUUCCUCAGCUGUAAAACAGGGAUAAGAUCUGCCCUACCUCACACAAUUGUUGCAAGGCUACGGUGAAAUAAUGUAUGUGAAAGUACCUUGUAAAAUGGUAUAUGAGAAAAUCA